UAGAACGCUACAUGAAUUAUACGAGCAUGUGUCGUCAAUGUCAUGCGCCUUAGCGUGCGUUCGCGAAAAAGCGCUUUCCGCUAUCAACCCGCGGGUGUCGACCACGUGAUUUUGACAGUCAAUGUAAAAAGCCGGUCUUAAUAAUGCAGUACGCUUGAAGCGGUGAAAGUGUUUUUAUUACUGAUAAUAUAAUUAAUUAGCCGGCGAUGUUUUGAACGAUGACCGUUUAGAUCAAAGGAUUAAGAUCAAAGGUGACACUUAAAUAUUAUCACUACGUGCAAUAUGGAGUGUUUCCGACUAAAUCUCUGUUCAAGACGUGAAUUGAAUUUUGGGUACAUCUGGCUAGUUCUUAUAUUGUCUGCUACAAUAUGUUCAGCCAACGACGGCAUAUUUGGAUCAAAAUAUCCGAACGAUAUUCCGGAAUACGACUUGCUGCACGCUAUUGGGGUUCCAUUCAGCAACCCGAAGACUCAAUAUUUCGACGAAGGCCUUGAUGGUUUCCCUGCGUAUGGCCUCAAACCGGGCUCCGAUAUUAAAUCACCGUAUAGGCUUUUCAUGCCCGAGAAACUGUAUGCGGAAUUUUCAAUAACCGCUACCGUCCGACCUGCAAACAAAGACGGUGGAUUUCUCUUCUCCGUAGUAAACCCUUUGGAAACUGUCGUCCAAUUGGGCGUCCAAUUAAUACCAUCUGGCCCGGGACUGACAAAUAUCUCUCUUCUAUAUACCGAUGCUAAUAUUUACGCUUUGAGUCAAACUAUUGCUUCCUUUGUCGUGCCAUCGUUUUCUAAAAAGUGGAGCCGGUUUGCCCUAAAAGUGACAACGCAUAAUGUUACAUUGUUUCUGAAUUGUCAAGAAUUUGAUACAUUAAUGGUAAAGAGAAAUCCAAUUGAACUUGUUUUUGAUUCUGCCUCGACACUAUACGUGGGGCAAGCGGGGCCGCUUAUAAGAGGAGCAUUUCACGGUGCGUUUCAAGAACUGAAGCUCUAUGGAUCUCCUUCUCAAGCUGAGGUGCAAUGCGUUAAUACUUUUGAGGAAAUAGACAGAAGCAGUGAGGGCGACGAGAUAGAUAUUGACAAUUUCUUGGUGGACCAAGAAGAAGGCGACGCGGAGGGCUCUGGUCGUUACGGCACCAUACCACCGUUUCCGCCACCUCCACCCGGCUUAGAUGGAUAUCCCUUACGUCUUCGUGGAGAAAAGGGAGAUCGAGGACCGAGGGGACCCCCAGGGGAGUCAAUACGUGGACCACCUGGGCCACCAGGGCCGCCUGGUCCCCCAGGACAACCAGGAACUGCAACGACUACUGAAAUGUCAGGCUCUGGUGAUGAUAAGAACAGGGUCGUGCAAAUAUUUGGCGAAAACUACGCAUCGUUGGGUCAAUGUGGUUGCAAUUCGAGCGUUUUAUUAGCACUUCUUGAGAGUGCUCCAGAGCUGCAGGGUCCACCCGGUCCACCUGGCAUGGUUGGAGCUGAUGGGCGAACUGGUGCACCAGGAAUCGCUGGCCAACCAGGUAUGCCUGGUGAGAGAGGACCUAUGGGAUUGCGUGGAGAAAAAGGUGAUCGAGGUGACGAUGGACCAAGAGGUCUUGAAGGGCAACCAGGAUCAAAGGGUGAGCCUGGUGUAGACGGCAGACCAGGUAUCCCUGGUCCAGCCGGUCCACCAGGUCCACCAAGGUCAUCUGAUUACAGCAAUUUCGAUUCAAAUUGGAAGCCUAGACAAAUAUAUAAGGAGUCGCUGUUUGGAUCUCACGAUAGUGCUAUUGGCAGACCUGGUGCCCCAGGGCCAAAAGGAGAUUCAGGUCAGCCAGGACCAAUGGGUCUGCAGGGUGAACGAGGAUUCCCUGGUCAGAAAGGAGAAAGAGGACAAAUAGGACAAACGGGAUCCAAAGGAGAUCGUGGACAUCCUGGAUCCAAAGGUGACCGUGGAUUGAAAGGUGAUAGAGGUGGUCCCGGAUUUGAUGGACGCCCUGGUCUUCCAGGUGCCAAUGGUAGAGGAGGAGAAAAGGGCGAGAAAGGGGAGCGUGGAACACCGGGACCACCUGGCCCACCAACAUUGCCAACUGGACUAAUUGCCUCAGAAGAAUCAGGAUUCCUUGCGUCUAGUCAACGACAAAUAGCUAGGGGUGACAAAGGUGAAAAGGGCGAGAAGGGAAGCCGAGGUAAUGAUGGCACUCCAGGAUUUCCGGGCAAAGAUGGCAAACCCGGUGAACGAGGUGAUAUUGGGCCAUCAGGAAUGCCCGGUAUUUCAGGUCCACCUGGAUCACCAGGACUUAAAGGCGAAAGAGGUGAAAGAGGGCCACCGGGUCCAGUUAGCAUAACUUCAGCUACAGGUGCUGAGAUCUUUACUCUCAAGGGUGACAAAGGUGAUGCUGGCUUACGCGGUAGAAGAGGAAGACCUGGCCCACCCGGUCCAAAAGGUCCUCAAGGAUUCCAAGGCGUACCCGGGCCACCAGGCAAAACUGGUGAUAAAGGAGAAAUUGGAUUACCUGGAUGGAUGGGACGUCCAGGUACGUUGGGACCUCCUGGAGUGGCUGGACCUGUGGGACCUAAGGGAGAGAAAGGUGAUCCAGGUGUUAACAUUUUAGAUGUUUCAAUGUUCAAAGGAGAAAAAGGCGAUCGUGGAGCUGAUGGUAUACCAGGAUUAAAAGGAGCUCAGGGACCAGCUGGUCCGCCAGGUCUUCCAGCAACUAGAUCUGAACCCAUUCAGUACGUUCCUGGGCCCCCUGGACCACCGGGUCUUCCUGGAUCACCCGGGAUCCCUGGUAUAUCAAUAGUAGGUCCGAAAGGUGAACCCGGUGUUAAUUACAUUGAAGAACCAGUUCAUGGCAGUACGAAGUUUUAUGGUAGACCAGUCCCGAAAAGUCCACUUGAUGAAUUAAAGGCUUUAAAAGAAUUGAAAGAUCUUAAAGAUAGAAACAGAGAUCGUACAACAUACCCUGGAACCGAGUCGAGAUCACAUUAUGAGGAACCUAACACAAACAAAAAUGUUCCUGGUGCAGCUGUAUUUUCAACGACAGAAGAAAUGAUGAGGCUGGCGUCAUCAAGUCCACUGGGUGCAUUGGCUUAUGUUAUUGAAGAACAAGCUCUUUUCGUAAAAGUGAAUUCUGGCUGGCAGUAUGUUUUGUUGGGGUCGCUCGUAACACGAUCUGCGCCUGUGACCACUACCGUGGCCCCUCAAACGCCACCGAUGCUUGCAGCGAGCUUAGUCCACAUACCGCAGAUAUCAAACUUGGUCGACAACUCGCCACCAUUAACACCCGUGGGACCUACUCUCCGCUUAGCCGCUUUAAAUGAACCAUUAUCCGGCAAUAUGCAUGGAGUGCGACGAGCUGAUUAUGCUUGCUACAGACAAGCGAGGCGAGCUGGUUUAAAAGGCACCUUUAGAGCUUUCCUUACUAGCAGAAUUCAAAAUCUGGACUCCACAGUUCGAUAUUCGGACAGACAUUUACCCGUUUUGAAUAUCCAAGGAGACAUACUGUUUAAGUCUUUCUCGGACAUUUUUGAUGGUAACGGCGGUGUUAUGGUUGGACCACCCAAGAUAUAUAGCUUCAGUGGCAAAGAUAUUAUGACGGAUACAAAUUGGUCUCAGAAGCUGAUAUGGCAUGGGUCACACGCGAGCGGUGAACGCGCUCUAGAUAACUUUUGCGAGGAAUGGCAGAACGGUGAUCCUACAAGCAGAGGAAUGGCCGCCUCUCUAUAUUCCCACAAGCUGCUAUCACAGGAGAGAUACUCCUGUAACAAUCACUUUGCGGUGCUCUGUAUAGAAGCCACUUCACACAUCAGCGUACGAAGAAGGAGAGACGCUUCUAGGUAUAAUAAAACGUCGCUGUUAGAUGAUGAAGAUUACCUUUAUAAUGCUGAAGAAUAUCAACAACUGCUUAAUGAGAUAUUUGCUCAACCUUUUAGAGAAAAUUAGUAUGAUUUAUAAUAAUUUGUAUUUAAUAGAAAACCAACCAGUAUCGCCCCCACACGAGACACAAAUGUUAUAAGUAUAAAUACGAACAUUCCUUUUAAUAAGGUUCGUUAUGGUUUUACUUAUAAAAAAAUACAUUUUUUUCUGUAUUAAUUAAA